AUGGCCUCGAACAUUGGAUGGCUUGGACUCGGAUCCAUGGGCCUACACAUGGCGCUCAACCUGCAGAAGCAUCUCCAGGCAAACAGCCUCCCUCCCCUCCACUACAGCAACCGGAGUAUGUCAAAGGGAGAGGCACUCCAAGAUGCCGGCGCUCUCCCAGAGACCGAUUUCGAAAGCCUGGUCAAAGCAUCCGAUAUCAUUUUCACCAUGAUCUCCGACGACACCGUCUUAGUCUCCCUUGUCACCGGAGCCCUAACCACCAACACCUCCCUGGCUGGUAAAAUCUUCAUCGACACCUCCACCAUCCACCCAGAUACAGCCGCGUCCACAGCGCAACGCCUCGCUGAACGGGGCGCAUCAUUCAUAGCAGCCCCCGUGUUCGGCGCCAGCCCUGUUGCAGCAGCAGGGAAGCUCAUCUUCGCGAUUGCCGGGCCCGCCGCCGCGAUCGAGAGAGUAAAGCCGCUUAUCCAAGAUGUGAUGGGCCGCAGUAUUAUACACCUCGGUGAAGACGUGCGUCGGUCUAGUUCGCUGAAGAUAUGCGGAAACAUCCUCGUCAUAAGCUUCAUGGAAGUAAUCUCCGAAGCGCACAUCAUCGCCGAGAAGACAGGCCUCGGUAUGGCCCUGCUCGAAGAGUUUAUAGGGAACAUGUUCGGCCCCGUGCUGCAGGGUUAUUCCACGCGGAUAACGAGCGGCUCGUAUGCGCCGCCCCCGGAGCAAGGGCCUGGGUUUGCGGCUGCGCUGGCGUGUAAGGAUAUGCGGCAUGCGCUGGCCAUUGCGGACGCGCAUGGGGCGAGCUUGCCGACGGUGGAAAUUGCUUUGGGGAGGUUGAGUGCGGCGAGGGAGUAUGCGGGGGAGUGUUUGGAUAGUGCGGCGGUUCAUGGGACUGCGCGGAGGAAGGCGGGCUUGGGGUUUUGGAAUGAGGGUUGUACUUGGAAACAGGAGUAG